UAUCGCUUCAGCAAUCAGCAACAGACUGAAACCGACCAUCAACGGGCCUUGACUAGAGGGGAUGUAGCCUUUCCUCAUGUAUAUUCCUGUCAAAGCGGAAGCCUGCAUUUUUCUAUGGGGACUGCUUUUUGAUAGAUUUGGUGUUUGUAGUUAACGCUAAGCGUGCAGAAGGCGGAUUUCCCGGACGAGUUGGUGACGGAAGGAGACAAAGCUCGGAUAUUCCUGCCGUUCUUGUUGAUGCAACUUUGUUACAGGUUCCGUGCAGGGAACACGCCAAGACCAUGACCGAGGGUGACGAUUGAGGAAUAGUCUUCUGUGUCAUUCACAUGCAUCGGAUUUUGCCUGAAGAUGCAGAACUUAAAAGACAACCAUCUCUUCCCCUGAUCCAGAAACACUGGUGCCAUGUUAUUAACAGUUGCCAUCCACCAUGCUAAGAUAAAGGCGCAGAAACGUGUUCUGAAGAUGCUAAAGCGACUGGACAAGAUAAGGUUCAGAGGACAGAAGCGCGAUGAGUUCUUGGACAUUGCGGAGUCGCCCAACGCCUCGGACAGUGAAUGCAACGAUGAUCUCCUGAUGAAACCUCCAGCGUCCGUUAAAGAUGGAGAGGAAGUCCGAGACCCUGCUGGUUCAGGGUCCAUCGCCAUGGCUGCUGUUAUCCAGGACUACCAGAGGACAGAGGCGGACAGGCUCAAUGAGGUCAAGGGUCACCUUGAGAUCGCCUUACUGGAGAAGCAUUUCCUUCAGGAAGAGUUGAGGAAGCUCCGAGAGGAGAUGAACGUUGAGACACUGAAGCAGGAGCUUGAGAAAGAGAGAUUGAAACGACUCGACCUUGAACAGAAAAUGAAUGAAAUCCUAAAAACCAGACCAGAGGAUUCCCCGCCUCCUCCUUCCAAACCUCACGGUCCUGCUGUCAAUGGAACAGGAGAAAAGCAGAAGGAAUCCAUGAGCUCGAAGCUAUGGAAGUGGCUGUAUGAGCGCCUUGGUGUGUACAUAGAGGACUUUCGCUUCCAGCCUGAGGAGAACAUGGUGGAGACGGAAGAGCCACUCAGUGCGAAAAGAUUAACUGAAAAUAUGAGGCGACUCAAGCGAGGAGCUAAGCCUGUCACUAACUUCAUGAGGAACCUUUCUGCCUUAUCCAGCUGGCACUCUGUCUACACAUCAGGCAUCGCCUUCAUUAUCUAUAUGUAUGCUGUGUGGCAUGGCUGGGCAAUUCCUAUGUUUCUCUUCCUAGCUAUUCUCCGUCUGUCAUUAAAUUACCUCAUAGCGAAAGGCUGGAGGAUACAGUGGAGUAUUGUGCCUGAGGUGUCUGAGCCAGUGGAACCUCCGAAAGAAGACUUGACUGUCUCGGAGAAGUUCCAGUUAGUUCUAGAUGUGGCACAAAAAGCGCAGAACCUCUUUGGAAAGAUGUCGGACGUCCUGGAGAAAAUCAAAAACCUGUUCAUGUGGGUGCAGCCUGAAAUCACUCAGAAGUUGUACAUUGGUCUGUGGGUGGCAUUCAUUACUUCCUGCCUGCUACCAUACAAACUCUUAGGCUUCAUAAUCGGGCUCUAUGCUGGAAUCAAGUUCUUCAUCAUUGACUUCAUCUUCAAGAGCUGCCCCAAGCUUAGGGAUAAAUAUGACACGCCAUACAUUGUAUGGAAAAACCUGCCCACUGACCCACAGCUGAAGGAACGUAACAGCGGCAACAUCAGCAGACGGCAGAUCCAGCCUGUGGUCGCACGUGGAAGCCUAGUGGCCGGAGUGCCAUGUGGUGUUGGGCGUGAUGAGGAGAGUGGGCGUGCAUACAGCACCAAGAGAGGUCCUUUCCAUGAAGUCUUCAAUUUGCCUGAGAAUGAGCGCCCCCUACCAGUGUGUGAGCACGGUUGGCGCUGCUGCUUAAUCAACAGGGACAGGAAAAUGCCUACUGACUACAUACGAAAUGGCUACCUCUACGUGACAGAAAAUCACUUAUGCUUUGAGAGCUCCAGCUCCCGUUCUGCAUCCUCAAAGAAGAAUAAAGUCAUCAGACUCCAAGACAUUACAGACAUUCAGAAGUAUAAGGUUUUGUCAGUAUUGCCCGGAUCUGGGAUGGGAAUCUCAAUAGCCACACCUUCUACACAAAAGCCUCUUGUGUUUGGUGCCAUGAUUCACCGAGACGAAGCCUUUGAGGCCAUCAUCACCCAGUACACGAAGAUCAUCGGUGCCACUCCCCCUGUCACAGUGACAAACCUGGAAACGUAGAACACGUGCUGAAGAGUUUUACAAAUUUAACAAGGAGACUUCAGCUGAGGUGCAGCUUCUUCCACUUCUUCUUCUUCUUCUUCUUCUUCUUCUCCUCCUCGAAGAGGUACAGGGAUACAGAGAAAGAUAAUAAUAAAAAAAAAAAAAGGAAUCCAUGUCCCUUUGGAUGCCUGUGCUGCGUUUUUAGAAAAGUGUUUUAAACAUGGCUCCUUUGUGAUGAGACGUUUGCACCAGUGUUUUUUUUUUUGUGUGUAUCUCCUUUGGGAAUUCACUGAGUACCACUGAAAUGCUAUUACAGAGCAGGAGCUGGUUCUCCUGACAGUUUCAUGUAUCGAUCCUAGUCUUGUGUGUCAUUUUUGUGUCUUCUAUAUAAUUCUCCUCAUCUGACUUUUAAUCCUGGAGCGAGUUCUCCGUACUGUUUAUGAGACUAUUCUCAUCUGUGUUUCUCGGUGUUCUGUCAGACAACUUUUAAGCCCCCCUCUUUUUUCUUUUGAGCUUUUUUUUCUAUUGCCUCCAGCCUUGCACAUGGAGACACACUGCAGUUUGUGGUGCUGAGAUAUAGGGAAUGCCACGUAGCUGCUGCUGCCCCUUCAGAAGUGCUCAAAAAACAUAUACCAUGGCCUUUUGUUUUAAACCUUGAUGCUGCAAGCUUGGGUUUUACUUUUAAAAUUUAUGCUGGAAACUACGAUUACAACAGAGAAUCCCCUGUUUAGAAAUAUUAUCCACACCACUCCCGAACAGGAAUAUUUUGUGGCAAAUCAGAAAUCUGAUUAAUGUGAGGGGAAAAAAAAAACAUUACACAGUGGGGGACAGUAAGCAUCCAGCAUGGAUACUUAUCUUGACUGCCCUGCAGCUACAAACCACUUAAUCAUAUAUUUUAAUUUAAAUACAGUUCAUCAAUAAAAGAAGCCUGCAUCACUAGAAUUUGUUCUUUACUCACAUGCCACAGAGAAAUGCAGAAGGUGGGAUUUUGGGAUGGUGUGGAUCCAAAUAUUAAAUUUCGACUCAUAUAUGUCCCAUGAAAAGGACAAGUUAAAAAAAAAUUAGGCUUGAAAUCCCACUCUAAUCUGAUUUCUUUUCACUGCUGUGGUGUACAGAGCUGUAUGGGGAUGAAAAUUCCCCGCUAUAAGGCUGCAUGUUAACCUUGUCUCCUCCCUGCAAUCUCUCAUCACAUAAAAGACGUCCUGGAAAAGCCUUCACUCUUAUAAAUGUACCAAUGUAUAAGGAGCUCACCUAGCUUACUGUUGUGAAAAUGUGUGUGCCACAUACUGUAAAGUGAUCUCUAUUGCUGUAGUCGCUGUGGGAAUACUUUACAAUUCGUCCCACCAUACGAUCUCUGCCCCCAUUCCCAUGCAGCUCUCUCUAGCGUGUAACUGAUGCACCUUAACGGCUCAUCUUCAGAUAGGGUUGGGAAUGAUGGGGUUAACCUUUUUGAGUAAUCAGUGUUUCUUCCGAAUCAUGCUUUUUUUUAUUCAUUCUAUACGCUCAUACAAUAAGCACAACCACACCAUGAAGUCUUAUCAUGAACUGAAUGUGUAAGAGGUGUGAAAGGAUGUCCUGUUCUCGCAUAUUCCUGUCUGCUGUGUGUGUAACCAAACUUGAACUAUUACAUGCUCCUUGCUGCAGCUAUGCUUCCCUUAAACCCUUUGCACAAACAACCGAACCUUUCGCCUAGAUGUAUAGGCCAUAUAAAGGAAUACUCCAGAUAUACUCCAGCUAACCAUCUAUCCAUUGUGUCUGUACGCUGUUUCACCCAGAAAUCCUGGGUUUUGUUUUUUUUUUUCUUUUACAUUUUAUAAUGGUUGUCUAAAGGCAGUCAAUAAAUUGUCAGUAAAUUUUUGCACGACUAUGUGAGCACAAAACAUUCUUUAAGAUUACAACAGCAGUUCAUAGGUCCAAAUCUACAGUAUCCAGGUAAAUCAAGGUGGAAAACUUCGUUAUAAUCUGCAAAUCAAUAGAGUCUUAUCAAAUUCUGUAGACUUUAAGUUUUAUCCAGCUUUUGAAUUGUGUAACAAUACAUUAAAGUCGAUUUAGUGACGCUCUCAGGUGAUCCUCUGUUUUAUACUAUAAGCCACACUACUAUAGUAGUAACACAUUGCCACAGAUUAUUCCAUCUGAAAAAAUAGUUCCAUGUCAAGUGUAAAUAAUCCAUUAAACCUUAGUUUACAAAAAUCUUUGCCUAUAGAAUUUGUCAUUGAGUUGAGUAUAAACAUUUACUGACUGCACUUAGACUUCUAUAAUAUGUGAUUUUUCAUGUAUAAUAAAAUGACAGAGAAUUGUCUUGGUUGUAGUAGUUGCCGAAAGCUGCUACAGGCACAGUAAAAAGAUUAUAUAUUACAUUUUUGUUUUAUGUAAUUAAUUUUAUGAUCUUAUUUUUAUAAUUUGUGCAUCCCAAUCCAUUUCACGCUAGCCUCUUCACAGUGUAGUAGGUACUUUUCUGCCAUCUGUCUCAUUACUUGUUAAACCAUUACGAAUCCAAACAUGCCCCCCCCCUUUUAUCCAGAAACAAUUUUAUUAUGCCAGUCUAUUGUUAAGGGGAAAAACUCCUCAUGUCGAUAUCACUUACUAAGCCUAUGUACUCAACUAGCCACAUGAUUCUGUGCUAACCAGCACUUUAUACAAGUAGCAUUUGUGUAUACGUGUGUGUGUGUGUGUGUGUGUUGUUUCUGUUCCUACUGCUAUUCUGUUCCUACUGCACAUUAUUCUUGUUAAUUAGCUGUCCGUGUCUCACUUUGUGCUUUCACUCGUUUUCCUCGCCGUCUUGUUAAACGGAGUCACCACUGAUUUAACUCUAAAUGUUCAGUGCUGUGACUAAGAGUUUCGGGUUCUCACCGAGUGUAAAAUGCAAUCGGCUAAUACAACAUUGAAUCGUUUACAGUUUUCAUUUGAGCCUUGAAGCUCCGAGUAAUUAAUGUAGCUCACAAGUAAUCAUAGGAAUCGUAAGACCUCAGCGAAGAUCCAGACUGCACAUUAGAGAAGAAGCACAGAAUCUCCUGGAAACGAUUUGCCAAAUAUUAUGUCUGUAUUACUGUUUGUUGUUUGCUAUGCCCUUUACCUGCUCUGUCUACAGAGUUACAUAAUUGUCUUGGCCUAGUUUGAACCCUGGAGAGGUCCAGGGGCAUGAGAAUGGGCCCCACAGUUUUUGUGGUAAAUGUCUGUGGUACUUUAAGGUACUGAGGGUUUAAAUUGAGUAUGUAAAAUCAGCUGAUAUGUUAAAGAGGCUCUGUUUUUUAGUUGGUCUUCUGUCUUGUUUUUCAUCGUUCAGCAUACCCAAGCAGGAAAGCAGAUAUUAGGGACCUUCUCUUUCACCCCUUUUUGCCGGACAUUUAAAAGAAAAUGUUUCGUCUGAUUUGGUUGUCUGUGUUUAUAUGGUUAGCCAAAGACUAACAGUGUUUUGUUUAGUUUUUUUUUUGGGUUGUUUUGUUUUUAACUUUUUAGUGGAACCCAUGAGAAGAAAGAAACCCAUGUAUAGAACACAGUAAAUCAUUAGCCUCAGAUUAAUUCAUCGAUGCCGUUUUUAAAACUUUGUGCGCAUGCCGAUGGUUAUUUUCUUUUGUUUGGUUACUCAAUCAGUCAGUAAGCUGUAGAGCUGCCCUGUGAAGGUUUCACACACACACACACAAAAGAAGAAAAAAAACAGAAAAUUAUGUUAAACAAGCCUCUGAACAGUUUUUAAAGAAGUUGUCUAAUAAAAUUGUGUUGUACCUUUUUUCUAUUUAAGUAAAAUAAUUUAACAUA